CGCAAAGACGUCGCGUUCUUGGGGCCGCUGCUCCUGCUGCGGCUCCUCUUCCCAGAAUCCUUGCAAAGGCAGGGAAGUUGUAACGGGCGGCAGGCGAGGUCACAAGAGGCAGCAGAGCCUGGCGCUGGGGCUGCGUGCAAUGGGUUAUUGUUUCUCGGCUGAGGGCCAGGGGCAAUGCGCGGGGUGGAGAUUUGCAUUUCCCCCGCUGUGUCGAGAAAGCCCCACUCAUCCCAGGGUCGGUCUAUAGAAAGAAGACGGCAUAAAAGCAACAGGGAGGUGGAGCCGGAGCGAUUGCUGCAUCUGCUAGCCAGGGAAGCGGGAGGCGGAGAGGACGGCGGGGGACCCCAGAAAUGGGAGCAUGAAAUUCCAGGCAGGGUUUGUCCAAAAGGAACGCCUCGCGCAAAUGCAGAGAAGGGAAGGGAAAAGCAGAGUAAGGAGAAGAUGCAACUGGUGUAAACUGAGUCACCUUCUGCCGUACCAAUAGGCACAUUUCCCUUCCGAGACACUUUACGGAGCAGAUGACGGAACCUGCUUUUCCAGCUUGCUGACUGGAAGGGUUUUCUUGGUAAUUUUUUAAAUGCAACGCAUUUCCCAGGCGAUGAAGCAAGACUACUGAAUUUGCUUGAAAGCUUGUGAAGCUUUUAAGUCUUCUUUCCAUGAAACAGUACCCAAAAUAGUCUCUUUCUCUUCUUCUUGUUGUUUUGGUUUUUUUUAUCCCGACAAGCUCCAAAAUACCAGCCGCACAAAAGCGGGUGAGAGAAAGAAACAAUUCAAAAGAAGAAAAUUUGGAACUGGUCCAAGGAGCGAGCGAGCGAGCAGCCAGCCAGCCAGCCCGCCCGUAGGCGUGACGUUGCAGAGUUUAAAGGGGGCAGAUGAGAUCUAUCGGACGUUGAUCGGACGAAGAGGCUGCCGGAGGUGCCUGGGAUUCGGAGGUUCUCCGGGAAGGCCCGCUAAAGAGCGAAGGCAAAGAAAUCAUGCUGCUGGCUUCCGCCGUGGUGGUUUGGGAAUGGCUGAACGAGCACGGUCGAUGGAGACCCUACAGUCCGGCCGUGAGCCACCACAUCGAGGCGGUGAUCAGAGCCGGGCCGAGAGUUGGGGGCAGCGUCGUUCUGGGCCAGGUGGACAAUAGACUGUCGCCGUAUAUCAUCGACCUCCAAUCCAUGCACCAGUUCCGCCAAGACACGGGGACCAUCCGCCCAGUGCGUCGCAGCUAUUAUGACCCUUCCUCAGCCCCAGGCAAGGGUGUGGUAUGGGAGUGGGAGAACGACAAUGGCACCUGGACCCCCUACGACAUGGAGGUGGGCAUUACCAUUCAACACGCCUAUGAGAAGCAGCACCCCUGGAUUGAUCUCACUUCCAUUGGCUUCUGCUACAUCAUUGACUUCAGCACGAUGGGGCAGAUCAACCGCCAGACCCAACGCAAGCGCCGUGUCCGUCGUCGCCUUGACAUGGUCUACCCGCUGGUCACAGGCACCUUGCCCAAAUCUCAGUCAUGGCCAGCAAGCCCUGGUGCAGCCAAUGUGCCUCCUGCUCCUGCUUGCACUUGUCCACAAUGCCUUCUUGUCAUGAGCAUAAAGGCAACAGUGGCAGCUGGGAGCAAUGGAGGAACUGGAGCUGCAGCUAGCCAGCAGCCUCAACCUCCACCGCCACGUAAAGCUGUCUCCCUUUCUGGCAGCGCCAAAAUCCCCACACCAGCAUCGGUUCAUAAGCCACAAGAUGGAACAGCCACCAUGCGUAGCUCUCUGAAGACCCUCGCAUCUCAAGUGAGCCGAAGGCAGGCAGUUAGUACACCUGCCCUCACUAUGAGCAACUCCCCUGCCAGUCCUCCUAAUGCCAACGGCAAAGUGACACGCGCCAGCCUUAAUACAUUGAACCGAACUAAUCUGCAGCGCCUGGCCAUUGCACAGUCCCGUGUUCUCAUUGCCUCAGGUGUCCCUACAGUUCCUGUAAAAAACCUCAAUGGCUCAAGCCCAGUCAAUCCUGCCCUAGCAGGAAUCACAGGGAUACUUAUGAGUGCUGCAGGUCUCCCUGUCUGUCUGACUCGACCUCCAAAGCUGGUUCUGCACCCCCCUCCAGUCAGCAAGAGUGACAUUAAAUCCAUCCCCGGCAUCUCCAAUACCUGCCGUAAGACUACCAAAAAGCAGACCAAGAAAGGUAAAACUACAGAGGAAGUCUUGAAAAAAUACCUGCAGAAGGUACGCCAUCCUCCAGAUGAGGACUGUACCAUCUGCAUGGAACGCCUCUCUGCUCCCUCUGGCUACAAAGGGCCUCAACCAGUUGUCAAGCCGGAAUUGGUGGGCAAACUGUCCAAAUGUGGUCACAUGUAUCACCUUCACUGCCUUGUGGCCAUGUACAACAAUGGAAAUAAGGAUGGGAGCUUGCAGUGUCCGACCUGCAAAACCAUCUAUGGGGUGAAGACUGGCACCCAGCCUCCUGGAAAAAUGGAAUAUCACCUCAUCCCCCAUUCACUGCCAGGACACCUUGACUGUAAAACUAUCCGAAUAAUCUACAACAUUCCACCAGGAAUACAGGGAGCAGAGCAUCCAAGUCCUGGGAAGAGUUUCACUGCCCGGGGUUUCCCUCGACACUGCUACCUCCCAGACAGUGAAAGAGGCAGAAAGGUGCUGAAACUGCUGUUGGUGGCCUGGGAUAGAAGGCUGAUCUUUGCCAUAGGCACUUCAAGUACCACUGGGGAAUCGGAUACAGUCAUCUGGAAUGAGAUUCACCACAAGACGGAAUUUGGGUCCAAUCUCACGGGCCACGGCUACCCUGAUCCCAACUAUCUAGACAAUGUCCUUACUGAGCUGACAGCUCAGGGAAUUACAGAGGAGAGUGUGAUGCAGGAGAAGGACUGAAAGUGUAAGAGGAAAGGGGAAGGACUUUGUCCAAGGGAGGAGUGACAAGUAUAGCAGCGUGUGCAUGGAUCAAGCUCCUCCCUCUUCCAUUGUGCCUGCUCUGUCCUUCAUCCUUCUACCGUAGGCCUCUUAAAAGGCUCAGCUGUGGCUCUGCAGCAGUGGGCUUGCUUAAAUGAGGAACUCCCAGCCCGCUCUCAUAUGUGGCCCACAGCACCUGACGUAUAAAAAGCAAACAAACCUGGGAAGGUUUGUGUGUUCCUCUUCAACAUGAGGAGGAGUGUCCUGUUGAGGCCUGAGGUUAUAUUAACCUCAGUACCCAUAGCUACUUUAGCUUUGUAUCUCAAAAGCUGGGUUUGGGCCCUCUCUGGGAUGCAGUCGCAUCUUCUGUCCAUGAAUAAUAAAGGAUGGCUGUGGGCAACAGGCAGCUUGGAAUGGCAGAAUCAUGUGCAAGUCAAAAAUAUGGCUUUGUUUCAGAAGUACAGAAGAUUGAAACCAUCCCUCUUGUUGCUUUUUUCCUUCUUUUUUACCCAGCUAGGUGCCUGGUUCCAUGUUGUCAUGUCCCUGCUGCUUUUGUGUCAUGGGCUCAGUGUUAGCCAUGAUAUACGCUGUCUGACGAUCUGGUACUUCACUCCCUGCCGGCUUCCUUUGUUGAGAGGCUGCAUCUAUAGUUCCCACCCAAGGUAGUUGAGCAGGAGGCCUGCUUAUUGCUCCUUAGUGAAGUAGAUUGGAAAUUUGUUCUCUUGAAUACAUUCCAAACUGGGUCAAUGCAUGCCAAAUCUCUGCGGCCCACUUCAGAGUGGAUGAGAGCAGAAUGAAUUAAUUGCAGCUAGUAUUUGAACUGAAUGUGAAAUAGGGGCAGUAAAUCUCCUGGGUCAUGCCUGUCUCCAAAACCAAGCCCUGUUUUUGCUCUUGUAGCUGGGUGUGCUGGAUCAAGCUGGGCUUCGGUUGAAGCGCCGACUAGCCCUCUGGGUCAGAUCGCAUCAACUGACUUCCCAGAUCAAUGCUGAGUGGUGUGUCCCAGUUUUGUUUGUGAAUUGCAUCAUUGGGGAGAUUGUUCUAUGUCUGAUCUGUUUCUGUUGGGGGUUAGAAUCAACAGAGAUCAUGGGGGGCGGUGAGGGAAAGACACUUCCUGUCUUUUUCCCCACAGUUCAUGGUCGGUUCUUUGAACUUUCUGUAUGGGGGAGUCCCCGGAUACCAAUUUGAAUUUAUUUACCUCAUGUUUUGGGGGAUUUGUCACAUAUAUUGUGUGUGGGUGUAUGUAUGUAUGUAUUUGUAAUGAAUGAGAAAGCGACUUUGAGGGUAGAAUGCGUAACACAAUGGUACUUAAAGUUAGACCUGGAGGCUAAGAACUGCCAUUACUAUUGAUUGCCAUGGUAUUAAAAUAAGAUCUCCCCACCAUUUUGAAAGGGCUAUGCCAGGAUUAAAACCAUGAGUCUGGUGAGUGGGGCAGGCAGGAUAUGAAUACAAUUAUCAAUAGAUCUAUAUUGUACACCUACAUAUAUUUGAUCUGCAUAUCCCUCACUCCUCAUAACUUUCAUUUCCAUUAGUCUUGAGGCACUAUAAAGAUCUCAACCACUGAAGUAGGUUCAGGUGAGAGCAUAAAAGAAAUGAGCAUCUUUGUGGAACUGACCAUAUGCUUAUCCACGUGAGUAAUGGUGUGUGUGUACAUAUUGCUCCCUCCUACAUUGGGGCAGACCAGGUGCUGCAGUGUGUAAAAUAUUCAGGAGCUCCCAAAGUUUUCAUUUUUAUUGGUAUCUUCCAAUAAAACAUGCUCAUAGGCUUGAUUUCUUUGGAAAAGUCAAAGUAUGUAUCACAGUCUCCUCUUUUUGGACAGCCUGAUAUAGAAGUUAAAACAAUAUCCUGCUUGCCCUUUUCCUAGUUCUCUUCUCCUAACAUUAAAUUCUUAAAUCUUCACCAUAGUAAUAGUAGAAAGGGCUAUCAGUAGUUCUGAAGCGUCCAUUAUAAAACUGAAAUCCCUUUUGCAGUGAAUAGAGCAUUUCUCAGUUAGAUUUGCAGUUUCAUACAUCUUGUCUUAGUAGACAAGAAUAAUAAAUUUCCCUUUCAAGGUUUCUUAAUAUCACCUCUCCCUUGUACCAAAUUUCUUCUAUAACCAUGGCAUUCCCUCAUAUGCAACUUAAUCUCCAAGACAAGGGAGAGAUUUGGGAAGAUCAUUUUCCUGCCAUCGGCAUCUCCCAAUGGAAGGGAGUCAAUUCGCUUUUUUCUUUUGUAUUAUUUGGGCAGAUUGGUUUUUUCUUUCAACUCUCCAGAUUUAUUUUUUUUUAAAUUGCAUUGUAGAGUAUAAGCAACCUGAUGAAAGAUUCUUAUCAGGAAUGAUAGUUUUUGGUUUCUAAGUUUUGGGUCCCAGAGAAGAUUGUGUGGGUGCUGGUAGUGGGAUAGGGAGCGGGAGGGCGGGAUAUGGGAGCCAUAUUGUAUAUUGUUUGUUGUUUGUGAACGGUGCGUUUUGCCCGUCUCUUAGUUUGUUGCCUUGCUUGAGGAUGGCACCCUUGGGGUGUAACAAUAAAAGGAAAAUUCCACUGCCAGUUUGAAUAAUGUUUUGUGUUUGUCUUUUCUAAGUCUGUGCUUCUGUCUGUUGCUUAUUUCUUUUUGUUUCAAAAGUGAAUGUGUACAGUUUACUUACCUGGAGAACUGGUCGGGUGGAGGCUGAGCGGGGUAUUUUUCCAAUCGCAAUAAAUGUUGGAAAAAUCAGUUCAACAGAAACAAACAUAAAUUGUUCAAUACAAUGGAAUAGUCCUAAACUGUAAUAGAAUAUAAUCAUUUGGGGAUAAAUCGAAAUGUCCCACUUCAGUGUCAGAAAAUGAUGUGAAUGAGAAAAAACAAAAAACAAUUGAGUUAUAAAUAAACUUGGAACAUAUUUAUAGAGAGGUUCAUUGUCAAGGAUUGUCUAAGGCUUUCCUGAGGGUUUCUGUGACUGCACAAUUAGCAGAAAUCAAAGCACCUCCUUUUCCUCAAGCUAAAGUUGUAAUGCUGGAGAAAUCUGGGUUUGCAGAGUUUUGCCUCUUGUGCAGUGAUUACAGUACCAAAUGUUGGCCAGAAAUGGGUCGGAUACAAACAAAAUGCAAUGCAGGCACCAGAUCAAAAGAGGCUGGCUUGAAUUUUUUUUGUUUCUUUUUGCUCUGAAUAACUUUUAAGGCAUUUCAUAGAACUUGGAAUUAUAUUCUGUUCUAUUUGUUUCCUUGACAAGAACACAAUAUGCCAGGCAGCCACACAGUUGCUGUUCUUAUUACAUUAGCUUUAAUUAUUGCUGUUAGUUGGCGCUCUUCUCUCUCUGGUUGCCAAAAAUAUCGGAAAUUAAUGUGGAGUAUCUGUGAAAAUUCAGGAAAAAACUAGGGUGGGGCUGCUUUGGGCUUUCAAAUUCACAGCUGAUCAUUCGUCUCCAUGAUCCUCUAGAGACUAAAUUCUCAUUGUCAUGAUCCCCUUUACUAAAUUAUUCUACACAUAUUAUAUGAACAUGAAUAUAUAUAUCCUAUUUAUCCUCCUAUUCCAUGAUUUGUGUGUUUGUGUGUGCCAUUCAAGAUAUGGCACUUGUUUUCUGAAUCCAAAGAUAUUCUUAUGCAGAAACACUAGAUAUGAUUUUAGCUGUCAAAAUGUUUUCUCACUGAGUUUCUACCUUUGCAUGUUUUAGUUUUUUAUAUAUAACUUGAGAGCUACGUUUUUGUAUCUCCCUUCUCCUUUAAGAUGGAUUUCUUACUCCUCAGAACAUUAAGCAAUAAACAGGACAAUGAAAUAAAGUAGAAACAAGCUUUCAGAAGGUUGAUGUUCUUUGACUACUCCCUAAGGCUCCUCUAUAGAAAAUGCUGUUUACUAAAGUGUAUUUCUGUUAAAUUUGCGUUUUUAAAAAGAGCACAAUUUAUAUAUUUUUGCAAUUUAGACUAUAUUUUAACACAUUAUUAUUCAUGCAGUUUUCUUUGUUGGAUCAAAUAAACCAAAUACAUUGAUUUUCUAAGAGG